AUGGCAGUAAUCGAGUUCCACGGCCUGCUUUCUGUGACGCAGCAGGUGUUGAGUCCGAUACAUGCCAUUUUUGUUUUAGUCAAAAAUCAACACCAAUCCCUAGUCGCCAUCAUACGCUUAUUCAUCUACGUCCAGCGGUUAGACGUGGUCCUUCCACAUUUUCUGCUAGAGCAGCAACCACGUCAAGGAAGCCGAAAUACAUCAUCAAAUGAAGCUCCAUUCGUUGAAGACCCUCCUUUAGAUAUGAGCGACGAGAAUAUCCUUUCAAAACCUGCUUUACAUCCGGAUAAUUGGGAAUUGGUGGAAAAUUUUUACAACACACUGUAUAGCUUUGCACAGGAGGAAUGUGGACGGUGUCAAGAGCAAUGGUUUAAAAUGAAGCUUCGCGACGGUGUCUGCGAUAGAUGCAGGCGUGUUGACAGAGGUCAGAUGAUAUUUCUGUACUCUCCUGGAAAUAAUAUGGAUCCUGGUGAUGUCCCUGCUUUUCUUCCUGAACUUACACAAACUGAAGAAAUGCUGAUUGCUCGUGUGCAUGUUCAUAUGGAGAUUCGACAAAUCCGGGGACAACAAUAUAUCGAUAUCAAGGCCAUAUUGUUAACUUCCUUCGGGACACGCAACGCAAACCCACGAAUGUCUCAACCGCCAGUUCCGACGCGAUUUAAGGGUCAGGCGCGGACAUAUGCGUGGUUAAGCUAUCUUAUAGCCCAUCACCCAGGCUAUCGAGAUAUUCAAAUUGAUCAUGCCAACCUUAUUAAAUUGCCUGAAGAUGGCUCUGUUAUUGAUCAAAUAUUAUCAGAAGACGUUGCUAUCGAGUCUAUUGAGAAUCAUACAGAUAUUCCAGUAGAAGCAGAUUAUCCUGAGACUGUUGCAGUACCAGAUAUGACGACUACAUUGCCGCUUCUUUCGCUUGCUUUGCCUACGUUAUUCCCCCAGGGAAAGGCUGAUUAUUCGAUUCCUUGGGAACGAACUGUCAAGUUCCACGAUUAUACACAACAUUUGAUGGAGUAUAAAGAUGGCCGUUUUGCUCGUCACCCACGAUUCCAAUUUAUCGUUUUUAAUACAAUGAUGAGAGCUGCGUUUGAGGAGGAUUCAGAGGAAUCGAAUUCAGUCGUUAAUAGUAUUACUCGCAUGUCCAAUACAAUUCAGGGAACACGGCCAUAUUGGGCUUCAAAGAGAUCUGAUCUCAUUGCAUAUAACCAGAAUCUUGGUGCCUCAUACCUCUUCUUCACCUCCACUCCUGCAGAUUAUCAGUGGGGUGAUCUCCAGCGCCAAUUUCCCAACUAUGAGCGAUGGAAGGACGGUAACGCCAUUGAGAGACGUGUUAUUGCGCGAGAAAAUGUUGUCAAUAAUCCUCAUAUAUGCGCAUAUUGGUUUUGGCUACGUUUGAAAACCUUUUUUAACGAGAUUUUGCAGAAAAGUUAUAACUUAAAGGAUUACUACACCCGAUACGAGUGGAGUAUUUCCAACACUAAUUUCCAAUCAGUGAAUAGAAUGGUAUAG